GUGCGCAUGGCGCGUGCUUCUCUCUGCAGGAGAAAAUAAUUAAGUUUUCAGUCAUUUUAUGCGCGAGCUGCUGUCACGGAGUCGCAUUUUCUUGCGUUCGAGGACCGUGGAAUCGAGACGAAGAGUAUAUAAAAAAAAGUUGUGCUGACUGUGCGACAGCGAGGCGCUCCCUUUAGAUCGGACCCCCCACCAUGGCAGACCCAGAUAUUGAUUUCACCAGCGGCGAUGCCGGGGCCUCUGCCACCUUCCCCAUGCAGUGCAGCGCGCUGCGUAAAAAUGGCUACGUGGUCCUGAAGGGGCGCCCCUGCAAGAUUGUCGAGAUGUCCACCUCCAAGACCGGCAAGCACGGCCACGCCAAGGUUCACCUGGUUGGCAUUGACAUUUUCACUGGCAAGAAGUAUGAGGAUAUCUGUCCCUCAACCCACAACAUGGAUGUCCCCAACAUCAAAAGAUGUGACUUCCAGCUAAUUGGCAUCACUGAUGGGUUCCUUUCCCUGCUGAUGGACAACGGUGAUGUCCGUGAGGACCUGCGGAUUCCCGAGGGUGAUCUGGGGAAGGAGAUCGAGGCCAAGUAUGAAGCUGGAGAGGAGAUACUGGUCUCCGUGCUCUCGGCCAUGGGGGAGGAGUGUGCAGUUGCAAUCAAGGCCAUGACGAGCAAAUAGGAAGAGAAGAGACUGGCUGUUCGGGCUGAGACCUUAUACCACAAAUCUUACAUUUUGGUUCUAAUUAUCACCAAAGCUAUGGCCUUCACAAACAACCUCAAGUUGUUUCUGUUUUUUUUUUUUUUUUUUUUUUUUUUGGUUUUAUUUUUCCCCUCCUCCAAAACCGUACCGGACUUCUUAUACCUUAUCUCUUAGGCCGAUUGGCAUUCUGCCUAAUCACUGAGGUUUUGAGUUUUAAAGCUAUGACUGCAUUCCUUUUUAAUUUUUUCUUCAAGAUGUCAGUCCUGCCACCUACAUUCCUCAAUGUUAAAGUUAAUGGGAUCCAAUUUUGUACAAUUACUUUUUUCUAUCACUUAGAUGGUUUGUUUGAGCAUUUAUGCCUUUCUAGGUGGUGGUUGGGGGAGGGAUGCAUUUGAGUUAUUGGACUAAUGGGGAGGGGAAUGUUUAAACUGACACUGAACUUUUUAUUUGUAUUCCUGUCUUUGGAGGUAGAUGCACUGUUCCCAGCCUUGUGGGUGUCUACCGUACCAGUAGGGUUUCCACACCCAGUAUUCCUCAAUCCCACACGACCCUCUUGGAAAGCUGGGAUACCAGGAGUUGGUACUUUGGGUAGUUUACCAAAACAUUUCCCACUUAAAAGCAAAACAAACUUCAGUGAUUUUUUUUUUUUUUUUCUCCUCUCAAAUGCCAGUCUUUUUUUUUUUUUCUUUUUUUUUCUUUUUUUAAUAAGAAAGCCACGAAUGGCUUGAAUGGCCAACGAUCAAUUACCUCUGUAGCUGACAGCAUGUCCCGCAGCUGUCCCUGGCAAACUUAAUAAGCGUCAAAGCCUGCACGCAUCUCGACUAGGGAGGCUCUUCCGAAUGUUCAGCUGACGCCUUAAUGACGUGCUUUGGAGGGACCCAACUGGCAGGAGGAAGGGGGUGUUAACAGUUGAAACUUUUUUUUGGUUCCCCCACUCGAGGCCUUUUGUCACCAGACUGGAGAUAGCAAAAACAAAUAAAAGUGUAAAAAAAAAAAA